CAAACAAAACAACCAUAAUAUUAUUAAAUAAUAAAAAAUUUUAUUGUGCAUUCUUUGUUCGUCUACUUACCACUUAUUUACAUUUUACACAGUUUUAUCUCACUUGAUUAGCGCGGCAAUCGAUUAAACUAUGUUUAUAGAUUAUAACUGGCAAACUGUCGCUUAUUAAUAAAUUUCAAGACUAAGAUAAAUCAGGAUUAGAACACAAAACAUGGACACCCUGCAGCUGACGGCGAACGAAGAUCCCUGCCGAUUAUGUUUGAAGAAGUGCGAACAAUCCUACGGAAUGUAUGUAACUUCUCCGGAUGGAUUGCUUAGAGAGUUACCCAGAAAGAUCCUCGAAUGUAUAGCUCUGGAGAUUUCCGAAUCUGAACCACAAAUUUUCUCCAAACUAGUAUGCAGUGAAUGCAUUUGUAAACUGGACUAUUUCCACGAGUUCCGGGAGAAUUGCCGCAAGUGUCAAGCAUUUUUUAGCGAAAUGAUGUUAUUUUGCCAUCCGGAACCAGUUGUGGAUCAUCAGCAACAUCAUGACGAUAGUCAGCAAAUUCUGCCAGAAAUCACCUUUUCUGGUCACGAAUUCAUGCUGGAUGGUAACACAAACAAUCAAUAUGAGUACAUCAUUCAAAGUCUGGAGAAAGAGGACAUUUCCUUCACUGCCAACGUCGAGGCACUAAAACUGAAAAAAGAGCUGGAAAUCUCUAUUCAACAGAACCAACAGCAGGGGAAAUUUCUUUGCAUGGGGGAACCGUCUACAAGCGAAACUGUAAUGCCGAGCGAGGAAACGUGUUUUAAUAAUUUGGAGGCGAUCGUAGAAUCGAUAACCCAACAAAAUGCUGCAUCUGGUUAUAUUAUUGAGCAAGAGCCCCCGGAGGACGACCUUGAUUACGAUGAUUUCGUGGGGAUUGAAACAGUCGAUGAAAAUAGAGAUGCCUCUAUUUCAGAGAUUCAUGUACAAGAAAUAAUUGAACAAAAAUUGCAUCCGACGUCAGAAGAUGCACCUGAAGCACAACCACAACUAAGUGAAGAAAUUUCAAAUAAACUUGACCAGGAACUUUCUACCGAAAAAAGAAAUCCGUCGUCGUUAAUCGAGCCCGAUCCAAAACCAGCUCCACUGUUCCCAGUUCUUAACGAUCGCACAUGUGAUAUUUGCGGAAAAGUUUGCACCACUAGAACGAAACUGAAACUUCAUAGAAAUUCUCACCUGAAAAUCUUCCCGUUUACAUGCCCCAUGGAUAAUUGCGCGAAGGCAUUUAAAUCAAAAAUCGGUCUUGACGAACACGUGGCUAAACACACGGGAAAUUAUCCUUUAUCAUGUGGAGUCUGUGGAAAGGGUUUCAUGAUUCAGAGCUACUUGACUGCCCACCAGAGGACACAUUCGGAUGAGAAAACUUUCCGGUGUAACAUUUGCAAACAGGCCACCUUCAAAAGCAAGCGAUCUUUAAUAGACCACAAGAACCGCCACUUGGGCUUGAAGCCGUUUGAGUGCGGUCAGUGUGGGAAUCAGUUCACCAAUCGAUAUCUUCUGCAGCAACAUGAGCAGAUUGCUCACACGGGGGUUCGCUUUCCGUGUCCGCAGUGCGAUAAAAGUUUCACUUGUAAAAGUUAUUUGAAGGUGCACCUACGCAUUCAUAGCAAUGAUCGACCGUAUGUUUGUAAGGUGUGCCAGCGACCACAUUUGACACGGCGAGACCUAGAGGUACAUCAAACCGUUCACAGCGGGAAAAAGGAAUUUGUCUGUGAUGUUUGUGGGAAGGGAUUUGCUCGCUUGAACGCUUUGACGUUUCAUCGAAAGAUACAUGAAAAUCGCUCAAAAAUUGUUCCCGUUGCUGCAGUGGGGUCGGAUAUGAUGUUGCAACUAGAAAACAAAUAAAAUUGGAGACUGUACAAACUUA